UGAGCGCCUAUCGCCAGCUGAUGCCUUAACGCUUGCGUAUUUUGUUGAUAUUUGCAAGCCACGCGAGACGAGAAGAGAUGCUGCGCCUACUCGUGUCCAAUUGCGGCAGGAGCAGCGAUUUGUGCAGUCGCCACCUGCUGCAGCCCUCACAGCAGCCACUGCCACGCCUCCAGAAUGCCGCCCGCCUAAUGCGACAACAUCUACGCGGGACGAACGUUAAAGGAGCACCACAACCCCCUAUGCCUACACCCCCGCCUACAAACGCUAGCCGUCUGCUGCACACUACACGCCUCCUCUUGUGGGGCGGCGGAAGUCUCUCCAUCGGUCUAGGCGCCCGAUCCUGGUGGGCGGGGCAUCGAGGCCCUAUAGUCCACUGCGAGGGUAGUCGGCUAGCCAUUCGGAAGGAAGAGGAGGAACCUGCGGAGAGUAUACCGUUCGAUUGGCAACGAUUAUGGGCGUACCUGGAGCCACAUAUCUGGGAGCUCAUCGGAGCAGUUUGCGCCGCCCUGAUAGUGGCGUACAUCAACAUCCGCAUCCCAAACCUGCUCGGCGAGCUGGUCAACACACUGGCGAGAUAUGCCAAUACGUAUGUGAGGGACAACACGUUCAUGAAGGACGUUAGUAAACCGGCCAGCAAUUUGCUAAGCCUAUAUAUGCUUCAAUCGGGAUUCACCUUCAUGUACAUCUACCUGUUGAGCCGCGUCGGUGAACAGAUAGCGGCCAAAAUGCGGCAGGAUCUCUUCACUCAGAUAGUUGUCCAGGACAUUGCCUUCUUCGAUGAAAAUCGGACGGGUGAGUUGGUCAAUCGACUCACCGCCGAUGUGCAGGACUUCAAGACUUCGUUUAAGCAGUUCGUGUCCCAGGGAUUACGAAGUGGUGCUCAACUAAUUGGUGGAAGUAUAUCGCUCUUUAUGAUUUCGCCGCACAUGGCUGCCAUUGCUCUAGCCAGUGUCCCGUGUGUGGUGAUGUUUAUGACGUAUUUGGGCAAAAAACUGCGCUCGUUAAGCAAAAGUUCACAGGCGCAGUCAGAACGAGCGACGGGCGUUUGCGAGGAGGCGCUUUCCAACAUCCGAACAGUGAGAUCCAGUGCUUGUGAAUAUCGCGAAAUGCAACUGUUCGAGGCGGAGACCAAUGAGGCGGCACGUCUGGCGCAGGAACUCGGCUACGGCAUCGCCAUCUUCCAGGGUCUGACCAAUUUCUUCCUCAACACACUAGUCUUAUCCACGCUCUUCAUGGGCGGCCACCUAAUGUCCACAGAUAGCCUGUCGCCGGGUGCAUUGAUGGCUUUCCUGGUUGCCUCGCAGGGUGUGCAACGAUCCCUAGCCCAGGGAUCCAUUCUGCUGGGCACCAUGAUCCGUGGCAUGACGGCUGGCAGUAGGGUCUUCGAGUUCCUUUCGCUUCAGCCACAGGUGGAGCUGCUACGCGGCUAUAUCAUCCCGCAGGAGCGUCUGCAUGGCGAGAUUCGGUUCGAGAACGUCUCCUUCGCAUAUCCCAUGCGACCUGAUCAUGUGGUGCUUAAAGACUUUAGCCUGACGCUCCGCCCGGGCCAGACGGUGGCCCUAGUGGGAGCCAGUGGAUCCGGUAAGUCAACGAUAGCGUCCCUGGUGGAACGCUUCUACGAACCAUCGGCGGGCAAUAUCAAACUGGAUGGGUACAAGCUAUCGGACAUCUCUCCAUAUUGGCUCCGGGCCAAUGUCCUCGGUUUCAUUGAACAGCAGCCUGUGCUGUUUGGCACCUCAAUAUUGGAGAAUAUCCGAUAUGGUAAGCCAGAUGCAGGCGAAGAAGAUGUGUUCGCGGCUUCGCGACUAUCACAAUCGCAUGACUUUGUUACUGCCCUGCCCGAUGGAUAUGCGACGCAUGUGGGCGAAAGAGGUACCCAGUUGAGCGGUGGUCAACGACAACGCAUUGCCAUCGCCCGAGCGUUGCUAAAGAAUCCCCGCAUCCUCAUCCUGGACGAAGCGACGAGUGCUUUGGACGCCACCAGUGAGGCAGAGGUGCAGAAGGCACUCGACACAGCGGUCAAGAAUCGCACCACCCUGGUGAUUGCUCAUCGGUUGUCCACGAUACGAAAUGCUGACCUUAUCGUUGUACUUGACCAGGGACGCGUCGUAGAGACCGGCAAACAUGACGAAUUGAUGGCCAAGCGGGGCCUGUACUUCGAUCUGGUGCGUCAACAGGAGCGACGUGAUAUCCAGGAGCAAGUUCAGGCUGUGGAGGAGGUUGUGGCUGCCAAGGUGCAACAGGCAACAGUAACAGCACCAGCGGCAGCGGCAACGGGAGUGAGUAGUAAUUCCAGCGGCAGGACGAAUACCGCCCAAGGAUAAAAACAGUCGUAGGCAAAUUGAUGAUUCCCUGUACACUUAAUUUAUUAGAAUGUUUUGUUUUCACUUUUUUAAUUUUCAACUGACCAAAAACAAAAAAAACGGUGAGAGACGUUAACGUUAAGUAAAUAAAAUAAACGCUGAAGACAG